GGCGUGAGGAAGUGCGGCUACCUGCGCAAGCAGAAGCACGGCCACAAGCGCUUCUUCGUGCUGCGCAGCCCCGGCGGCGGUGGGGAGGAGGCGAGGGGUGCCCGGCUGGAGUACUACAAGAGCGAGAAGAAAUGGAGGAACAAGUCCGGGGCGCCCAAGCGGGUGAUCGCGCUGGACUCGUGCCUCAACAUCAACAAGCGGGCGGACGCCAAGCACAAGUACCUCAUCGCCCUCUACACCAAGGACGAGUACUUCGCCGUGGCGGCCGAGAACGAGCAGGAGCAGGAGGGCUGGUACCGCGCCCUCACCGACCUGCUGAGCGAGGGCAAGGCGGCCGCCGGCUCCCCGCACCGCCCCCUGCCCUCGCCCUUCGCCGCGCUGGCCGCCGGCGAGGAGCCCGACUACGGGCUGGUGACGCCGGCCGCCGCCGCCUACCGGGAGGUCUGGCAGGUGACGCUGAAGCCCAAGGGCUUGGGGCAGAGCAAGAACCUCACCGGCGUGCACCGUCUCUGCCUCUCGGCCCGCACCAUCGGCUUCGUGCGCCUCAACUGCGAGCUGCCCUCGGUCACACUACAGCUGAUGAACAUCCGCCGCUGCGGCCACUCGGACAGCUUCUUCUUCAUCGAGGUGGGCCGCUCGGCCGCCACCGGGCCCGGCGAGCUGUGGAUGCAGGCGGACGACUCGGUGGUGGCCCAGAACAUCCACGAGACCAUCCUGGAGGCUAUGAAGGCUCUAAAGGAGCUGUCCGAGUUCCGGCCCCGCAGCAAGAGCCAGUCGUCGUCCUCCUCCUCCUCCGGGGGGGCGGCCGGCGGCGGCGGGCCCUCGGCCACGCACCCCAUCACCGUGCCGGGCCGCCGGCACCACCACCUGGUCAACCUGCCGCCCAGCCAGACCGGCCUGCUCCGCCGUUCCCGCACCGACAGCCUGGCCGCCGGCAGCAGGGCCGCGCCGUGCCGGGUGCGGACGGCCAGCGAGGGCGACGGCUGCCGGGUGGGCUCGGCCGCCGGCAGCCCCAUGAGCCCCGGCCCCGUUCGGACCCCGCUCAGCCGCUCGCACACGCUGAGCGGCGGCGGAGGGCGGCCGGCGGGGAAGCUGCUCCCCGUGAUGGCCGGGGGCGGGCUGCAAAGCAGCCGCUCCAUGUCCAUGCCCGCCUCUCACUCGCCCCCCUCCGCCACUAGCCCCGUCAGUCUCUCCUCCAGCAGCGGCCUGGGCUCCGAGCCGGCCCACCCGCAUCACCCGCAGCGCCCGUCCAGCGGCAGCGCGUCGGUGUCCGGCUCGCCCAGCGACGCGGGCUUCAUGUCCUUCGACGAGUACGGCUCCAGCCCGGGCGGCGACCCGCGGCCCUUCUCCUCCUCCUCCACCGCCAGCAACCGCAGCAACACGCCCGAGUCGGUGGCCGAGACCCCCCCGGUGCGGGACUCCGGCGGCGGCACCGAUCUGUACGGCUACAUGGCGAUGGAGCGGCCCCCGAGCGGCCGUCUCUGCUACCGGCCCUGCCCCGAGGCUGACCGGGGCCACCGCAAGCGGACCUACUCGCUGACCACCCCGUGCCGGCAGCGGCCCGCCCCGCCGCAGGUCUCCUCCGCCUCCCUGGACGAGUACACGCUAAUGCGGGCCACUUUCGCCGGCAGCGCCGGCCGCCUCUUCCCCUCCUGCCCGGCCGGGGCUUCCCCCAAAGUCACGUACACCCCCUACCCCGAGGACUACGGGGACAUCGAGAUCGGCUCGCACCGCAGCUCCGGGAGCAGCAGCACCAACCUGGGGCCGCCGGCAGGGGGUGGAGGCGGAGGCGGGGGCGGAGAUGAUGAUGGCUACAUGCCCAUGACCCCCGGCGUGGCCGCGGCCCUGGGUCGGGGGGGGCGGGGUGGCGAUGACUACAUGCCCAUGAGCCCCACCAGCGUGUCGGCCCCCAAGCAGAUCCUGCAGCCUCGGGCGGGGGUGGGAGCCGGCUCCCCCGGCAACGGGAGCAGCUACAAGACCAGCUCGCCAGGGGAGAGUUCCCCCGACGACAGCGGCUACAUGAGAAUGUGGUGCGGCUCCAAGCUCUCCGUGGAGAGUUCGGACGGGAGGCUGAGCAACGGCGACUACAUCAGCAUGUCCCCUCGGGACCCCCAGCACGGGUCCCAGGCUCCCUCCCUCACCCCCCCGGACUUCUUCUUCGCCUCCUCAGGGCACGGGGCCGGCGAGCCCCAUAAACCCGGCUGCUACUCGUACAGCUCCCUGCCCCGCUCCUACAAGAGCCAGGGCCCGGCUAAGGACAGCGACCAGUACGUGUUCAUGAACUCUCCGGGCAGGAUGAUCCCGGAGGAGGCGGUGUGCGGAGCGGCUCCGUCGCCGGCCGGCACCUUCGCCCCCUCCAGCCACACGGUGCCUUCGCCCCUGCGGCACAGCCGGACCGAGGGCUUCCUCAGCCAGCGGUGCCAGCGGGCCGUCCGGCCCAGCCGCCUCUCUCUGGAGACCUUGCGGACGAUGCUGCCCAGCAUGAACGAGCACCCCUUGCCUCCCGAGCCCAAGAGCCCCGGGGAAUACAUCAACAUUGACUUUGGGGAUGCCGCUGUCUAUUCUCCCCCCUCGCUGCCCACUGACAGCCCGGCCUCCUCCCUGGGCUCAGGCACGGGGCAGAGGCGCUCCCCUCUCUCCGACUACAUGAACAUCGACUUCAGCUCACAGUCACCCUCCCAGUCAGGCACGGUCUCGGUAGGCUCCUUGGAAGCGCUCUCACCUGGCUCUUCCUCCAGCACCAGCCAGCCCAACGGACGCUACAUGAAGGCGGCCGCGGGGGUGGCCUGUCUGUCCAGCCCAUCCAACAGCGAGGAUUACACUGAGAUGACCUUCGGCAUGGCCACCACCCCACCCCAACCCAUCGUUCAGAAGCCAGAAAGUACCCGGGUCACCAGCCCAAAAGCCGAGGUGAAGAGGCUCACCCUCUCCGGGAUGGAGGCCUUCAUUCUUUCCAGCCCACCCCCAGACCCCAACCGCGGGGCCAAGGUCAUUCGGGCUGACCCCCAGGGGCGCAGGAGGCACAGCUCGGAAACUUUCUCCUCCACCACCACUGUGACCCCCGUGUCCCCCUCCUUUGCACACAACCCCAAAAGGCACAACUCAGCCUCGGUGGAGAACGUGUCCCUCAGGAAAAGCGAAGGCCUGGAGGAGGAGCAGGGCAGCAGCCCCAUGUGCCGGGAGACCUCGGCUGGCUUCCAGAAUGGCCUCAACUACAUUGCCGUCGACUUGUUGGAUGGCAGCCUGGCAGGCUGUGACAAAGCCAGGUCGAAAGCCAGGCAUGUCCUGAACGGAGGUGUCAACGGAGUGGAGAUGAGCGCCUAUGCCAGCAUAGACUUUCUGUCUCACAACCUGAAAGAAGCAAGCGCUGUGAAAGAGUGAAGGAGUUAGUUUUAUCACCAUGACCUCAAAGAGUACAACAUUCAAAGAAGCUGCUCGGCAUAUAUGGUUUUCUGUUGUUUUGUUUUGUUUGUUUUUUAAUUGAAGCUGCUUAAGAUUUACUUUUUGUUGUUGUCAUUGUUUGUCUGGACAGUUACUUAACUUUCAAACUGUUGUGGACUAAACCCUACAGCAAAUCAGCGAGGAAGGGAAAGCAACCUGCCCAACUCAUGUCCUGUCAAUGGCAUCUACAUUAUCAUUUUGCUGCUGUUUUGACAGAAGUUGAAGAUGUUCUUUAGACAGUAGGAACUUUUCUGCCGGCCUCUUUAACUAAUGGCCAAUGCCUUCAUUUCCUUUUUCUGCAAAGAUAAACUGUAUUUAUCCUUCGACAUAUUGGGGGAUUCUGUGGCACCUGCUGAAGCAGUCAGAUCUGGUAUUUACUGGCAUAAUUUCAAGCCUAUCACAGUACUACCUACCUCAGUUCAAAGUAAAGCCGGAUUUGCGGUGUUGGUGUUCGACAGGACCUCCUUUAUCUCUAUGCUGAGUCUCUCAAGAGCGGUCGCCAGCCUUACUGAACUCGUAAUGCAUGCAGCUGCUACCUGCUCCUCCAUCACGAGCUGCGAUGUCUGAUUCUGGGAUGGAGCCUGGUGAGGGCACUGAGAAAUCUAACAUGGGACGGAACUCUGGAUUGGACUGGGACAGAGAAUUCAGAGGAGUUAAGAACAUAAAAAUAAAAACAUGUAACCGAAGCGACGUAAGUUAAAAGCAUCAAACUGUAUUGGGGUUAUCUCUCUUUACCUUUGACACACUUGUUUAAUUCUCUCUAUGUAGGUGUUGAUGUAGGUACUUCAGAUUGCAAAAGCCUUUUCUCCUAUCUACAAGCUCACUUUUGUCAGCUAACCCUGUUCUUAGCUGCAUUUCUUGUAACCAAAAAUCUACGUAGGCAUGCUAGGAAUGCAGGGAUGAUAGUGGGUACUGGACAGGUUCAAACACUAAUAUUAACACAGUAUUAUCUUGCUAUCUGGAAAGUCCUGAAAUCUGCCUUCUACCAGAAGAGCAUCAUUGCAACUACAGGCAUGAUUACAGGGAGAGAAGAAAUGUUGCCGUUGCUUAUCCAGAGUUUUUUCAAGACUACUUGUGCAUCGCAUUUUCAGUAGUCUGAAAAUACAAGCGAUGUGGUGGCUGUGGUCACAAACAUCGUAUACAACUGAUGUACCAGACUAGCAGAAUGUCAUGCCACCUUGUUUCUCCUUUGAUAAAUUUGUUGAAGAGUUUGUAUACAUAUUAAUGGUACCUCCCCAGUGCCUGCUCUGAUAGACAUGUAAGUAUUACUAAGUUAUUUGAGUUAUGUGAGACAUUUUUUUUCAAUCAUUGUGCUAGGUGGGACCUGUGCGUCAUUAUUAAUAAUGCAUUAUCUUUUGGGAUAUAUUUUUUUUCUGAGGAAGAUAAAAGUCAACGUCUUACAAAUGUAACAAAUGACAAUGCGAUCUUCCUGCUUACAUGCUGACUUUUUAGAACUGAGGAUUGUAUUACAAGACAAAGAUGAAUGUAAACAAAUUCCUUUCCUACCCCAUGACAUUAUUUUUCAUUGUAAUUUUGGGGGAUCUUAAAUCACAGCAAUGCAUAGGCUAAUACAACAUUAGAUCUAAAAUCAAUUUAAAUAUCUAAUCUGAGUGUUGGGUUGUUUUUUUUUAAAUAAUAAUAAUAAUGCUAUAAAUGGUUCUAAAACAUUCUAAAAUGCUGCUUGUUCAAUUCUGGAACUGAAAAUACAAAUAAUAUUGUUGACAUUUUUUGUCUGAACCUCCCCAUAGCACUGAGUGUGGUACCUGCUGAAUACAAUAUUUUGAUCUUCUAUUUUGAAGUAGCCCCCUGUACCAAUUAGGAAAUCAUGCCACUAAAGUAAAUGGCUAAAAUACAUACAUCAACUUCAAAAAAAAACUUGACAGUGUAGUCAGUUCUUCUCUAUCCUGUAGAUUUCACAAAGGCAUAUGCAAUACUUACAUUCUUAAUUUAGUUUACAGAAUGGAACCAAAAUGUAUAAAUGUUAUGUUUGCUAAAACUUCACAAUGUAUAUUGGGUCUUUGUACAUUUUGCCUGACUUACCUUAAAUUUAAAAUAUUUUUUGCUAUAUAACCUUAACAGUUAUUAAGCAGUGUUUUCUUUUUGGGUACGUAUUGUUUCUGGAUAUCAAGAUGUUAAAUAUAUUUCUUGCUAUUGUGAUAUGACAAGAGACUUAACUUAUCUUGCUGUGUCUUCCAAUGUACACGCUGUAUAUAAGGAUAAAUGUGAUGCUGCUGGAGACCAGAAUAAAUGGAACUAGAGUAGUGUAUUGUAUUUAGUCUGUAUUGAUCAUGGAUGCUCUCCUUAAUAGCCAUAUGCAAUAAAAUACAUUAUUUAUGAAAGGA